AUUGCUCUGAAAUUUUCGUAAAAUGAAUGUGAUUCUGGUGUUGGUUGUGUUGUUUUUCGCCGGCGACUGUGCAAAAAUCAGAAAAAUUAUUGAUUUUUUGGAGAAAGAUGCUCCGAAUGAUAUUGAAAAAACACCCAACUAUAAUGAAGAAAGUCUGGCGGUGAAAAGGAACAAAAACUUCAAUCCUUGUCUGGAAAAUCCGAAAAUUUGCUCAAAUCGGGGAAAAUGCUUGCAUGAAAAUGGAAACUUCUAUUGCAUUUGCCCGGUCACACAUUACGGAAAAACGUGUGAACACGUGUCAGAUCAAACGAAUUGCGAGAAACACUUGUGUCAGAAUAAUUCUACGUGUGUCAGCAUCAAAAGCCUGCGGACUAUUGUCAAUACAGUUCUUUUGAGACAAAUUCGUGUCCAAAGAAAAGUAAACGGAUCCAAAGCAGCUUUAACAAAUGAAGAAUUGGCUGAAAUCGAUUUAGAAGUGAAUUACGAGUGUAUAUGCCAAAAGGGGUACUUUGGCGGGUUAUGCGAUGAGUCUGAAGCAGAUCGAACUUGCCAAGAAGUGUAUUGUUUGGGCAGAGGCAAGGGAGCAAUUAAUGCGACUGGAAAAUGCGAGUGUGAAUGUGAAAAUCAAUUCUUUGGAGAUAGAUGUGAACAAAUAUCAGCUUGCUUCGACACUCAAUGUGAUAAUGGUGGAAUAUGUGAAGAUGUGGUAGAUUGGAAGACCAAAACCGUCACUGCCACCUGUAAAUGUCCUUCUGCGAUUGAACUUAUUGGUGGUACUGUAACAGGUGAAAACUGCGAAACCCUUCAAAUUCCUUCAACAGCCCCCAAAGAAUUUAUUCCAUGUGCCGAGGGAAGUAAUUCGACGAUGUUUUUUAAGAAAUUCAUCGCAAAUAUUUCCUUGGAAUAUAUGGAUGACAUUUCGGAGUUGGAAGCAAUUAAAAAUGACUACAAUGAUGGGAAGAAUGUCAAUGGGACGAUGACUGAUGGAUGGUGUAGAAAUGAUGGGAAGUGUGUACCUGAAGUUGUUCGAGUGAACAGCUCCCGAGCCUACUACAUCUAUCGCUGCGAAUGUACCAAUCCUCUCACCGACGGUUACUAUUGUGAGUACAAACGCCAUGACUCUUGCUCUUUGACUCGAGAGGAGGUGGCUCGCGGGGACCGGUGGGACGAAAAGUGCACGGAUUCUCAACACGGAGCAUGUGUGGAUAUUAGUGGAGUGGCUCAUUGUGUAUGCAAGCCGGACUACACCGGCGAGAAAUGCGAAAUCUUCGACCCGUGUGCUCGGCAACCUUGCAAGCACGGUGACUGUAUCCCGAUACCGAACACUGCCGACGUGGCAUUCGGCACAAGUCGCUAUCAAUGCUUAUGCCCAUUAUCCGCAAAGUUGAACCCGGAAAGCCAAGCCUGCAUGGAAAUUAACGAGAAGAAGUGUGCUCCCGGAGCCUGUGGCAACGGACGGUGUGUUCCUUGUGAGAGCGAUGCCGAUGACCUGAUGCCUCUCUGUAACGACAAUGACAAUCGCCAGGGAUUCCGAUGCCUCUGCGAAGCCGGGUACCUUCCACCGUUUUGCAAAGUCCAUACAAACCCCUGCUACCAAAACCUGUGCCAGAACAGUGCCACAUGCCAUAUCGACCCAAAGCAGCGGAGUUAUGACUGUCAAUGCGUCAAUGGGACACGUGGCUCGUUGUGUGAGAAUGUGGAUGACUCGUGUGAUGCGUUUGGAAACAAAAUCUGCGUCCAUGGAACCUGUAUCAAUGAUGAGUACUUUCACCGGGGCUUCUCGUGUGAGUGUGACGACGGAUUUGAGGGUCUCGACUGCAACGUGGAAAUCGCCUGGUCCAGUGUGAUGACCAAUCGGCUUAUGAAGAACUAUGAAUUUUCGUUGCCACUGGUUGCGUGCUUCGUCUCGCUGGCUAUUCUUCUGCCAGUGAUUGUGAUCAGUAGACGGCGUCAGGGAAGAGUAGAAGAGGCGAAGAAAACGUCAGAAGUGAAAACUGAGAAUCCAUAAAGACAUUUUUUUUUAA